GCCUUCCUUCCCACUUCCGCCGCACCGGAGCGGAAGGCCGGCAUAUCCGCCGCGCCGCGUGGUGCAGUAUCGUGGAGCCCUUCGGCAUGGCGGCGUUUGCCGGCCCGGCAAAGCCGUUCCUGUCCCUGAACCCACAGGAGGACGCCAAGUUUCAGAAGGAGGUAGCGCAGGUCCGCCUGCGCGCCAGGCAGCAACAGAAGCAGAAGCAAAAAAAACUGACUCCUGGAGUAAUCUACGUGGGCCACAUACCUCCAGCACUAUAUGAAACCCAGAUCCGGGCAUAUUUCUCCCAGUUUGGCACUGUUACAAGAUUCAGGCUGUCCAGAAGUAAAAGGACUGGAAAUAGCAAAGGCUAUGGCUUCGUGGAGUUUGAAUCUGAAGAUGUUGCCAAGAUUGUUGGUGAAACAAUGAACAACUACCUUUUUGGUGAAAGACUCUUAAAGUGUCAUUUCAUACCACCUGAAAAAGUGCAUGAGGAACUUUUUAGAGAGUGGCACAUGCCAUUUAAAAAGCCGUCAUAUCCAGCAGUGAAGCGGUACAAUCAGAACCGGACGCUUCUUCAGAAGCUACAGAUGGAGGAGCGAUUUAAAAAGAAAGAAAAAUUGCUCAGGAAGAGAUUAGCUAAGAAAGGAAUUGAUUAUGAUUUUCCUUCAUUGAUUAUACAUAAAAAGGGAAAAAAUGCUUCAAACACCAAUCUUCAGAAAUCUACAAACAGCCAGGUUUUUUCAAAGAAGAAGAAUCAAAAAAAGGCUUCAGGCCCUCUGAAAAUUCCUGAGAAGACUGUAGAUAGCCAGGUUUUACCAAAGAAGAAGAAGAAGAAGGUGUCAGGCGCUCAGAAAUCUCCUGAGAAGCCUGUGGAUAGCAAGGUUUUUUCUAAGAAGAAGAAUCAAAAAGAGGCUUCAGGCUCUCUGAAAACUCCUGAGAAGACUGUGGAUAGCCAGGUUUUACCGAAGAAGAAGAAGAAGAAGAAAAAGGUGUCAGGUCCUGAGAAAUCUCCUGAGAAUCCUGUGGAUAGCCAGGGCCCCACACCAGUUUGUACACCAACUUUUUUGGAGAAACGAAAAUCUGAAGCAGCUGUGAUGGAUGAUGACGAUAAAGAUAAUGAAAUAGUUUUCAAACAGCCAACAGCUGGUGUAAAAGAAAUUCAGGAGACUCAAAUGCAUAAACGCUCAUGGAGAAAAAGACGAAGAAAAAACAGUCAGUGCUUCUGAAUACAUUAUAUAUAAUAUUUCUAAUGUAAUGUGAUUUUUUUUGUAUUAGGUAAAGUGAAAUGCAACCAUUAUAAUUUUUGGAGGAGUAAGAAAAACAGUGGUCUGGCUUUCUUGGCAGUUUUCUUGCUGUCUUUGGUGACUUGGCUGGGAAGAAGGGUUACCACUAACUGCAGGCUUACUCAUCUGCAGUAUUUGUUGUUAAUAUCAAAGAAAAUAAAGUCUCCCCUGACCAUC